AUUUGAAGAAAGUAGCUCAAAAAUCAAAACAAAUAAAACAAAUAAUACGGUUAGAUCCGGAGGAUUCUGAGGUUGUCGGUCGCUUGCUGUAAAUUUUUGCGCAUUUUAGUUUCAGGUUUUCAAAUUUAUUAGACAUUUCGAUCGUAUAGGCAUAACAGCAUGGCGGAUAACAUCACAACCUGUGCAAGGGCUUGACGAGGAAACAAGGCCCUAUAUAGAACGAGGAAAAGAAUACCGAAAGCAGGUCAAGCCUCCGGAGCCACGCCUAUGUGAAACCACACUCACAGUGAGCAGCGGCCGCAGCCAUGGAGUCGCUGCGCGCCUCGUCCUCGAGCUACUUCCCGGAGGUGGACGACGAGCUGGGCCGCGACGCGGGCUCACCGUACGCCGGCCAGCAGGCGCUGCAGGCGGCGUCCUACUCGGACCAGGAGGCCCUGCCGCCGUCCUCCGUGGCCACGCUCAGCCCGGGCCCGCAGGAGACCUACCUGCGGGCCGGACACUACACGGUGGUGGCGGCGCGGCCCGGCGAGCUGGUACACCAGGACGGCGACAAGGAGGGCGAGGCGGCGUUCUGCGUGCAGGCGGUCGGCGCCUUCUCUGAGGCCGGCGCCGAGCUGGACAAGUCGGUGUCCCACGAGCUGCAGUUUAUCGGCGCCGGCACGGAGCUGGCCGGCGGCGCGUACCAGCUCAGCGCCGCCGGCGACGUCUACAAGCUGGUGGUGCGCGAGUCGAAGCCGGGCGACGUGUCGGCGGAGCAGCUGGCCGUCCACUACGGGCACCCGCUGCUGGCCGAGCCGCUGCUCCCGGUGGCGGCGGCCGUCACCGACCACCACGUGCCGCCGCCGCAGCCCGACCAGGUGGACAAGAAGGUGGCGCUGUCCGUGCCGGAGGCACAGCCGUCCCAGCAGCUGGCGCCGCCGCCGCCGCCGCCCCACUGCCUCAUCUGCGACAUGCGUCUGGCCAACCACCCGGUGCUGGACAUUUUCAGCAACACCACCCACCAGACGAGCACCACGUACGCCAUCAAGCUGCGCCAGGUGACGGGCCACCGGGCCAACUUCGCCUACCACUCGGACGUGCUCUGCGAGUCGUGCGCCUCGCUGCUCAACGUGGUCGACUCGUUCGAGGCCCGUCUGCGAGAGAUCAAAACCCGGCUGGACGACACGCGCGCAGAGGUGCAGAAUAAGUUCAUCCGCACGUGCGCACGAUAUGACGAGGCUCAGCUGACGGGACCUACUGAGCCAGAGGGGGAGAGUGAUAAGGUGCAGGGGAGAAAGAGAAAAGCAGAGGAGACGGCACCGCAGCCCAAGAAGAGAAAGUCGCGUAUCAAGACGGUCGCUGUUUUAAAAGACACAUCGUACAGGGCGAAGACUGCUGCUGCCUCUUCUUCCGCGGAGGACGUCGGGUCGGCGGCGGUUCGGCAGCGUCGGCCGGCCCGGCGCGCCGCCGAGCGAGUCAGGACGCUGGCCGAGGACGCCGACAACCCGGAGGGCGUCGACGACCCGGAGCCGGAGCCGGAGCAGGCCGCCGACCCCUCGUACGGCGAGCCGAGCGGCGAGGCCGACGGCAGCGGCCGGUCCUCCGACGACGCAGAGACGGACGCCGACGACGACGAGGACGACGAGCCCUCGGAGCGGCGCGUCCGGGUGGUGAACCGGUGUCCGCACUGCCACGCCGUGCGGGACAACAUGCACGCGUUCCGCGCCCACCUGGCCUCGCACGCCGAGCUGACGGCCGACGCCGUGGCCGAGCACCUCACUCAGAAGGCCAACGAGAGGCUCGCCUACGCGUGCAGCAGGUGCUCGACCACGUUCUCGGCGUACCGGGAGCAGCAGCGGCACGUGCGCUGCCGACACCCGCGGCUGGGCCGCUGUCCGGUCUGUCUGACAGAGGUGGAGGAGACGGGCGGCCUGAUGCAGCGCCACCUGGCCUCGCACGCGGCGCCGGCGCGCUGCUCCUUCUGCUCGGAGCAGACCGACUCGGUGACGGCGCUGUGCCGACACACGGAGCAGCAGCACCCGCUGGCGCUGCACAGCCUCUACUGCGAGCUCUGCCGGGCGUUCGUGGACGAGGCCGCGAUGGCCGCGCACCUGCGCACCGACCACAGCUCCGUGCCCGAGCUGAGCGUCCAGUGCCGCCGCUGCGGCGAGGUGGUGCGCCGCAGCGCGCUGGUCGGCCAUAUGAAGGUGCACGAGCAGAGCCACCGGUGCGGCUACUGCGGCCGGGCCUUCCCCAGCGCCGCCGCGCUGGUCAUCCACGAGAGGACGCACACGGGCGAGCGGCCCUAUCGGUGCCAGGAGUGCCGCAAGUCGUACAUCUCCAAGGCCACCCUGGAGGCGCACGUGAGCGCGUUCCACCGCUCCAACCAGUACGAGUGUGACCAGUGCUCGCGGAGUUACACGAGCGCCGCCCGGCUGAGGCGACACCAACUAAUGCACAGCGACACCAAACCGUUCAUCUGCCAGGUGUGCAAGAAGGGCUUCAACCUGGAGAACCACCUCAACAUGCACGUGCGCGCCAUCCACCUGGGCGAGACACCGUACGAGUGCCACGUGUGCCACAAGCGCUUCCCGUACAAAUCAUCACUCAAGAAUCACGUGCACGUGCAUACGGGCGACAAGUCGCACUGCUGUCCCACGUGCGGCAAGCGCUUCAGCACGGCCAAGAUCCUGCGCUCGCACUCGUUCACCCACCGCGCCGAGAAACCGUACAAGUGUGACUACCGGCCCUGCGACGCCAGUUUCUCCCGAAAGGACCUGCUGGCGCGACACCGGCUCUCGAGCCACGGCAUCGCGCCCGAGGUGCGCUACAGCCGACUGCAGGGCCGGCCGGCCGCCCGGCAGCCGGCGCCGGCCCCUCCCGCACCGCCCCCGCCGCCGCCGCCCCCGCUACAGCCGUCUGUACACUACGUGCUGACCUACCAAGCGCCCCCGCGGCCCGCACAUCCGUCCUAAUGUCCGAGAGCAGUGAUACGGCUGUGUACCUGUGAGCUGUGGGCUCGAACCUGGCCGGGGCUCGAGUCUCGACAUGGGCGGAAAUUUCUAUACCUACUUGAGCCAUCUGUGCUGGCAUGUGAUUGCUGUUUUCGUCGUCAGCGGCUUGUGCGUAUCGUACAAGCUUACUGUUAUUGUACGUGAAGGUCGAGUGAGAACCCCAGAGGUGUUGGCGCCUAUGGGGUGAGUAUACGGGGUCAAACAUUCCAGGCAGCAUACAAUGGGCUGGGCAUAUUGCCGAUCUCGAGCGGGGACUGAAACGGUUGUUUUUUCCUCGCCCGCCAUGUUACAUUACCUAUAUGCUGACAGACAUUAGACAAUAAGUGUCUAUCGAUGAAAAUCGUGCUUCACUGGACACGACGUACCACGUGAUAUUUUUGGGUCUGCACAGUGCACCGGUAGUGUUUUUCGUUGUAGCAUCCACAUUCCACACCAGCUCCACUUCGCCAGUCGUAUAUUUGAAAAUCCCCAACCCCGUAACAACCACAUUCAUCAGCGAACCUUUGCCUUCUUCGCUCCGGCCUUGGUCUGCUGCGGCCGUUUCCGUUUCUUGUUUUUCUGCUGCUUCUUCUGUUUGUUUUUGGAGGGUUUCAGAGGUUCGAGCUUGUCGCCCUCGUCUUCUACCUCGUCGCUCUCGCUCUCUAACCUGUGAACCGAAUGGCGCGUCAGCAACUCGGGCUCCAGGAGCUCUGUCUCGCCUAGCACUGUACCUUAUCCGUCAUCUCACUGACAACCUCGACAGUCAGAAUUCAGAAUGAGUUUCUGAAACAGGCAUUGUAAUUGUAUGUUAUUUUACUAUGUUUUUCAUCAUUACAUUGCGUGUUAUGUAUUGGUUUUUGUACGUCUGCCAAGCAACGUUGCAAACAUGAUUCAUUGAUGUAAAAUGUUGUAUGUAGUCCGUCUGCUGACUGUUUUGCACGAAAAUCAAAUAAAAGCACUUAACAACA